AUGAUUAUUAUGACUAAUUAUUACUACAUUUUGAAUAAUGCGAAGAUAUAUAGCAAACAUUUUAAACGGUUAAAUUUUUAUAAAAAUCUAAAAAAAGAUAUACGUAUAAAUAAACCUCAAAGCAUAGAUGCCUAUUUCCAUGCGUUAUCAAGAACUGUAAAUCGUAUCAUAUAUGGUGAUUUCUUGCAUGAAAUAAAAAGAAAACAAAAUUCCAUUCACAAUGUGGACACAGUGUAUACAAUGAAAACCAGUGCGGAUAUGCAUAUUCACCAAUCUCUACUUCAAGCAUUUGAAAUACAUUAUAGAUCUAUACUAUCUUCAUUGACAAUACCACAGUUAUGUUUCAUAUUUUACAAAUGUCAAGAUAACCAUGUUCUACAAAAGGAAACCUUUAAAAGUACUUAUAUGAAAAUAAUACGACGUAGAUAUGGAAUACCUUUCGAUGUAUUUUUUAAAUAA